GUAGAUGCGGGACUGAUGCCAUCUGGUGUGAUUCCACAGAAAAGAGAAAAUUUACCCAGAGUGUGCCAUGCACUGGCUUUUCUGGGAAUGACAAGGUGCCAGAAUUUGUUUUUGGUUCACUUGCAGGGGUGGAAACUUGGAACUAGGUUCCUAGAUGGUUGCUGCAGUUCCCAGCAGGAAGGUGGAGGAGGCCCAAAGGGAAAACAGGGCCUGCCUGUUUGAGUUGGCUUCCUUUUAAAGAGUUUUAUUGGCAGCCCAAUAGCUUUUUCUUACAUCUCAUUGGAGACUGUGUCAUUGGCUCCUGCUAUCUCUAAGGUUGCCUGAGAAAUGUAGUUUUUGUAGCUGGACAUUAACUGCCUUUAAUGAAAAUCUGAGUUCUCUUGAUAAGGAUGAAGAUGAUGGUGGAUCUUGGGUGAACAAAUGAUAGUCUGUGCCCUGGAUAUAAAAUGCAAUAGUAAAGAAGCAUGAUGUUUGAAACAGAUCAGAACUGUGGCUCUGUUACCACUGGCAACACUCCAAGCAACACUGCUUUGUUCUGAGAGAGUGAAGACAUGCUAGGUCUUCCCAUGAAACACUUGCCAGCACUGACCUUCUCUCUCAACCAAUAUCCUUGACCCCAUCAGGCUUUUCUAGAGGAGGACCCUGGGAACCUACACACUUUCUUGGAGGACAUAAUCUCUUCAUGGAGGUUUGAAAUAGGAUAAGGAAUGUUCUACCUUGCUGCUUCUACAUCUGCUUCAUUUAUCUCUUCUCUAAUUUUCCUAUCAAAUUUUUAGUGGAGUCUAGUUGUGUAUUUGAUCCCCAUAAAAGGAUCAUCCCUUCCAUGCACAGGGGAGGGUAAUCUAUGAAAAGAAAGGCUACUUUUCUCCCUUCUGUGAUUCCACCACCAGUCUAGGAAUAUCCUGGGAGAAUUGCAUCUCAAAGCUUUCCAUAAGCAGCCUACAUCCUGUCUAAGCAAAGGGAGAAGAAACACUUCCCACAUCCAGGGCUGUCCAAAAGAACUUUCUGUGAUGACAGAAAUGUUCUAUAUCUGCAUUAAUAUGGUAGCCACUAGCCACGUGUGGCUAGUGAAUAUUCGAAAUAUGGCUAGUGUGAUUGAGGAAGUAAAUUCUAAUUUUAUUUAAUUUUAAAUAAUUUAAAUAUAAAUAGCCACAUGUGGCUAGUGGCUGUUGUAUUGUAGAGCAUAGUACACACCUUUCUCGUGUUUUAGAACUUGCUGGGAGAGGUUUGAACAAGUCAUAUACGUGGCGUUCCAUGGUCUUCACUGUUCCACCUUGCCAUUGAACUUGUCUCCCAGAGGAAAAAGAAAUAUGGUAUUUUGGAGCUAAAUUGAAGAUGUUAAUUGAACAUCUACACAUUGAAGUAUGUAUUCUUGUGUAAAUGGGAUGAUCUCCUGGGAAUAGGACCUGCGAUUGAUGUUAGUGAUUACUGAUGAUGGGAAACUGGUAGUGCUGGUCCAGUUAACAUCUCUAGUAUGUUCCUGGUUAGAAUGAGUCAGCAAAGAUUAUUUUAUUCUAUUGUGCGGUUCAUUCUGUGUUACUUUAUUUUUGUAUUAUUAUGACUGCUAAGUGAUUAUUCUGUGUCUGUUUUUCAAAAUGCUCUAUGGUUUAUAUUUUUUAAAAGGUUAUGAAAUAAAAAGUAAUUAUAUGUAACUCAGCUUUUUGUGUGUGAGUUAUUAUUACCCAUACUUUUCGAAGAAUUAAUUAGGAUGGGGUUAAUGGAUGGAAGAAAUUUUUGUAUCAGAUUUUCUUUACAAUGGACAUACCUAUAUGUCAAUUCAUGCCAUUUUACAAAAAUACUAAAUGUUCUUUAAUUGUAUACAGAUUUGGGUAAAAUAUGAGGGUAAUGAAUGUAUUGGGUUGUAGUUCCCACUGUG